UGUUUUUACUGCAAUAAUACGUGCAUACUGAAAACGUUGAGAAAGUCUUAUUUGUAUAUGUAAUCGUCUUCAUAGCGUGCAUGUUUCAAACCUCUGAACUCACCUGACACGAGUUUACAGCCUGCUCUCGGUUCCUCGGUCAUGAUUGCAGCGUUUCCAUAAUCGGGUUUGAAAAGACGCCGGUUUGAUAUUGAAGCCGUGCAGCAAUCAGCCCAAAACAAGCACGAUUCCCGUGACGACAACACGCGGGAUUUAUUCAACCCCACGAAGUGCCCUCGUCCUCGUUCCAGGACAGGCUGCUUUGUCAUUUCGUGUGUGGGGGGGGGGGGGUCGUCUCUUGAACUGCAUUGUGAUCACUGACACUCGUUUUGUUAAACCGAGUUAAACGGACACGGAUCGAAUUACAUCCAAUCAACUAUCACUUGUUUUGUCACAAAGAGAAAAUACAUUUUGGUUCUUCGUGGGUUACAAAAUGAAACAGACGUCCCCCGUCCCCCCGUCUUACCCAUUGUGACUGAAACAGGGAGAUGCAGGCUGGCUAUAGCGCAGGCGCAUCUUGGGGCACAGAUUUGCAAAGUGAUGCGAGCAGCGUGCUGGUGAUUUGAGUUUCCGCUCCACUGUGUUUGCCCGCUGGUGUUGACUGAGCCUGAGGCAUUACAGCUCUGCAGAAGAGGAAGUGGAGAGCCACAGAUGUUUCCAAGAAGAAGUGAUCUGCUGUUGCAGAAGCCCGACACGUGACGAACAACAUAGGAAACAAAACCCAAGGAAAAACCCAACAUGGAGAACAGCAACAGCAGCGAGGGGACCCCCAACGCUACGUGCAAUGACUCGGAGGGGCCUCGCUGGCUCUUUGUGGCGGGCUACGCUCUGAUCUCCGUGACAGGGCUGCUCCUGAACCUCACGGCCCUGGCCAUCUUCUACCGCCACCCCAAGGCGGCGUGCUCCCACACCACGGUCUACAUGACCAACCUGGCGGUGGCAGACCUGCUCCUGGUCCUCACGCUGCCCACCCGCAUCUACCAGUACUCGGGGGCGCGGCUGAGCCCUGGGCUGUGCGAGGCGGCUGGCCUGGUCCUGCUGGUCAACAUGUACAGCAGCAUCUUCCUCCUCGCCUGCAUGAACCUCGACCGCUGCCUGGCAGUCUGCUUCCCGCUGAGCUCGCGGGUCAAAGCCUGGCGGAAACGCACCCCGCUGGUCUGCCUGGGGGUGUGGACCCUGACCGUGGGCGCCAGCCUGCCCACCUACCUCAUCAAGAAGACCGGCGGCGGGGGGCAGCAGGGGGGGCAGUGCUCUUGUUUAGACAGCCUGCCGGUUUACGCCACGCAGCCCGCCGCGAUCGGGGCCACGCUGUCCGUGGGCUUCGGGAUCCCGCUGGGCUCCAUGCUCCUCUGCUCCUGGUGCUUGCUUCGUGCUCUGCGUCGGAGCGCUGCCGUGCAGAUGGGGCUGGUGAAAGGCAGGAAGAUCCGCAACAUGAUGGCCGUCAACGCGGUCGUUUUCCUACUCUGCUUCCUGCCUUACCACUGCCUGCUGGUGGCGAUAUACCUCCAAGUGUCUGGACCGAGGCUGCUGGAGUGGUACCAGGCCAGUCUGCUGAUCGCCUGCUCCAACACGACGCUGGACCCCCUCGUUUACUACUUCACAACACAGACUUUCAAGGACACCAUGGCGGUGGGGAAGAUGCGGGCUUUCCACAGCCAGAGCUCCGAUGAGCAGAAAAGGGGGGCCAGUGUACCCCUCAACUCCUGGGGGGGGGGGCAGGAGGGAGGCAGGGUACCCCUCAACUCCUGAGGGGGGCAGGAGGGAGGCAGUGUACCCCUCAAACUCCUGAGAGGGGCAUUAAGGAGGCAGGGUACCCCUCAACUCCAGAUGGGGGCGGGGGCAGUUUACAUGGGGUGGCCAGUGUGAAGCAGAUUUUUGAUUUAUUUUAUAAGCACAAUAAUGCUGUUGUAUAUAAUCAUAUAUUUUAGACAGAAGUUGAUUUCUGAAACUUUUAUAUAUAUAUAAAAAAAAAUGUGCAUUCAGCUCAACAGCUUUAGAGAAAUGGGACACAAAGCUUUCUGGGUUCCAGUUGCAAUUACUCAGCAAGCUCUCAGACAGCUGGCUGAUUCUAGAUCGGGGCGAUUCUUCCAGCCCACAAGAUGCAGGGUGACUAACUCAGCUUAUCAAAUUUCAUACAGGAAGCACAAUGUGAUAGGGAGACACUUUCUGGUACUGUGUGUCUCUCUCUCUCUCUCUCUCUCUCUCUCUCUCUCUCUCUCUCUCUCUCUCUCUCUCUCUCUC